AUGUCAUUAUUAUUCUUAUUACUAUUCUUUUUAGCAACGUUCAAUAUUUAUUGGUCUUUUUGUGUAAUUUUAAAAACUAAAAACCCUGCCUUCUUGCCCGUACAAAUUAAUAAGCGUGAGAGACAUAAACCCAAUAAUCUCAAAAGAUUUUAUAUAAACCAAAAUGACGGUGUGAAAAAUAGAAAUUAUAACAACAGAGAUAUUUAUAAAUUUGAGGGAGUUGAUGAAGAAAAUAAAGAUGGAAAAGAAAUUAUUGAUGAAGAUUAUUUGAAAGAAUAUGAAGAAGCAUAUCAUAAAUAUGAUAAUAUGGAUGAUGAUGAAAAAAAAAGAAGAGGUUCAGAUAAUAAAACGAAUUGGUUUGAGAUAAGAAAAGGAGAAAAGGAAAAAGGACAUCGAUAUAAUGUUUAUGAUAAUGAAAUAAUGAAAAAGGAUUUAAAAGAAAUAGAUUUAGAAAGAGCAGAUAAGAUAGAUAGAUCAAAAGGUGAAUUACCUCCAUAUAUAUAUGAGAGUGGAAAGUUAUAUGAAGGUAUGUCUAUGGAUUAUAAGCCUGAGGUAUAUGAUUUUCAUAAAUAUAAUAAAUAUUUUGAUGAUUUAUGUAAAGAAAAGAAAUCAUUAAUUGAUUCUUAUCAAUUAGAUAAAAAAUUAUUAGAUGAAACAUAUUAUGAUGCAAAAAGAGGAGGUCCUAAAACAUUUGGUUUUCGAUUUAAACAAAUACAACCAGUAAAAUAUCAUGAAGGUAGAGCAUAUACAUAUUUUUUUAUGCAUUCUCAUGAUGUAGAAUUAUCACCCAUUUUUUUAAAUGCAUUUAGAAGAGUUGCUAUAAAACAUUUAAAGGGAGGAAGAGUAACUGCUUUACGAAUACCAAAUAUGAAACAUGAAUUUUAUUGUAUAGUUGGUGUAAGAGAAAAUUUUUUUGAUUUAGCUCAGAAUUUAAGACAAAUAACAUUUAAAAAUGUACCUGAGGAUACAGAUAUGGAUAAUUAUAUGAUAGGUAAAUUUCGAAUUAAAGGUCCAAUGAUAGUAGUAGCAGGUCAUAUGCAAUUACCUAAGAAUAUAGAAAUUGUAAAUAGAAAUCAAUAUAUAUGUUCAGUUGCUGCUGGUAGUUAUUUAUCUAUGGAUGUAAAAAUAGAAAGUAUUGAAGAAUAUGUUAUGCCAGAAUUUGGAUCACAAUCUAGAAAUAGAGAUAUAUGUAAAGAUAAUUUUAUUCAUUUUUCUAGUAGUUGUACACCUGUUGAACACUUUGUAUUUACUGGUCAAAGAAGAGGUAUUAAUUUAGAUACACUGGGAGAAAUUAAUAUUGUAGAAAUGCAUACAGAUGGUUCAAUUACACCCAAAUCAGCACUUUUAAAAACCAUUGAUUAUAUAUCUGAAAAUUUUCAAUAUAUUGAAAAUGCCCUUUAUAAUAAUUGCCAUAUAUGUGAUGACGGCUCUUUGGAUGAAGAAUUUCGUAACCCAGAAUUUUAUAUGGAUAAAGAUAGAUAUACUGAUGUACCAUGGAAUAAAUAUAAAACAACAUCAGAAGAAUUAGAAGAAACCAAAAAUUGGCUAUAUAGAAAAGAUGUACACAGACAAUAUAAUAUCGACCCAGAAAGUGAACAAUCAAAAGAAGAAAGAAAUGUUAUGUGGGAAAAAAGUAAAAAAAUGCGAGAAGAAAUUCAAAAAAGAAAAGAUCAAAUUAAAAAAGGACCAUCUGCAUCAGAAGGAGAAAUGGUACCUGAUGAAGAAAGGCACGACUGCUUGCUUGAUUGGCCUGUUGAUAAGUCUGAAAGAAAUAUGAAUCCCCCUAGAUGGGUAAUUGAAAGACCUUUGGAAAAAAAUCCACACAUAGGUCAUGAAGAAAUAUACGAUGAAGGAAUAUGA